AUGUUGACGCUUCCUGUCGCCUCCGUCGAAACCUGCGCGUCCUUCGCCACCUCUCUCGCCACCAACGCCCGUAGCGCCGCUGCUCGUCGCCUCGGCUCGGCUAAUUUCCUGGGCGGGCAUAAAGGCCUGCUCGCAGCCACCGCUGUGCCAGUCGCGUCCGUGAAGUCUUCUAGGCCGGUCACCACGGAAUCUCUCUUCUCCUUCGCCGGGUGGGGCAAGCCAGCAGCGCCGAUGGCGGCGGCAGGUGUGGCGCAGGAGCCGGACACGGACAACCCCGGCGCGGGGCUGCAGUUCGCCGAGUUCGGCGCGGGCUGCUUCUGGGGCGUCGAGCUCGCCUUCCAGCGGGUCCACGGUGUUGUCAAGACGGAGGUUGGCUACACGCAAGGCAUCAAUGACAAGCCGACAUAUGAGCAGGUGUGCUCUGGGCGCACAGGCCACGUGGAGGCAGUGAGAGUUGUGUAUGAUCCCAAGGAGGUGUCUUACGAGGGGCUGCUAGAUGUGUUCUGGGGCAGGCACGACCCCACCACUCUCAACCGCCAGGGAGGUGACGUUGGCACUCAGUACCGCUCAGGAAUCUAUUUUUUCUCACCUGAGCAAGAGGAAAUUGCAAUGAAGUCUUUGGAGGCGAGACAGGCUCAGAUUGGCAGGAAAAUUGUGACAGAAAUUAUGCCUGCAAAGAAGUGGUAUCCUGCUGAGAGCUACCAUCAACAGUAUCUUGCCAAGGGUGGGAGGUUUGGCAUGGGGCAAUCAGCAGCCAAGGGUUGCACGGAUCCCAUCAGGGCCACGUCUGGCGGCGCAGAAAGCGGUGGAGGAGGCGGAGCUAGCGACAAUAAGUUCCUGCGGGUGUCGAUCCAGUCCGUUGCGCUCGCGCUGGUGUUCGGCGGAGCGGCGGCGUUUCUCCGCAUGCUGCUCUCCGCGCUCCCCCCGGACUUCCUCUCGCGCUGGAAAAAGCUGUUCGCGGAGCAGCCUCACUUCGACCCUAAGGCCGCCGUCGAAGCGCGCCGAGCCACCGCCAUCUACGACUGCCACGGCGACUUAAUUGCCACCGUCGUUCCCGGCGGAUUCGGCGGGCGGCGGAAAGACGCUAGCAAGGGGCAGGCGCCGUUGAAGCCAACAGAGGUGCCGGCGGUGAUGUGGCAGGCGGUUAUCGCGACGGAGGACCGACGGUUCUUUGAGCACCAGGGAUUCGAUCCCAAGGGCCUGACACGUGCCAUUAUGUCAUUGGCGCGCACGGGAGGCGGGAGUACGAUCACGCAGCAGCUGGUGAAGAACGUGUUUCUAUCGAACGAGCGGCGGUGGACGCGCAAGCUGGUGGAGAUUAUACUGGCCGUGAUUAUAGAGAGGCGCAUGACCAAGUGGGACAUCCUGCACCUCUACCUCAAUAAGAUCUACUGGGGCCACGGGGUGACGGGGUUGGAGGCGGCGUCAGCGCUCUACUUUGGGAAGCACCCGUCGCUGCUCACGCUGGGCGAGUGCGCCAUGCUCGCUGGCAUCAUCCCCGCGCCCGAGCUGCUCUCGCCCUACCGCGACCCCUCCAGGUGUGUACCACCUGCACUAGGUACCACCUGGGCUUGCAGGGGCCGCAAGCCACAGGCGCGCGCGCUGAGGCGGAUGGUGGAGGCGGGGUUUCUGGACAUCGCCACGGCCACGGAGGCCAUGCAGCAGCCGCUGAGGCUGGGGUCGGAGGCCAAGCACGGCACGUCCGGGCCGUGGCGAGCGCCCUUCUUCGUCAGCGAGGUCCUGUACGAGCUAGCGCAGAAGUACGGGCGCGAGGAGGUGGUGCGGGGCGGGCUGCAGGUGCACACGACGCUGGACCUGACGAUGCAGGACGCGGGGGAGAAGGUGGUGGGGGAUGGCACGCGCGAGUACGACCAGGAGAGGGAGGCAGCGGCGCAGCGAGACAUUGCUGCCAUCGCCAUGAAGCUGGAGGAGCUGCGGGGGAGAAGGCAGCAGCAGAUACUCGCGACCGUGGCUGCUGCUGCUGUCACUCGAAAGGUGGGCUGGGGAGUGUCUCACUCCCCUCCCGUGUCUCAUCCCUCCCGUGUCUCACUCCCCUCCCGUGUCUCACUCCCCUCCCGUGUCUCACUCCCCUCCCGUGUCUCACUCCCCUCCCGUGUCUCACUCCCCUCCCGUGUCUCACUUUCCUUUCGUGUCUCACUCCCCUCCCGUUCGCCACCUCCCUUUCCUCGUGUCUCUCCCCCUUCCAUCCGCCCUCCCCCCUCUUACAGAGUGUCUGAGAUGAUGGCGGACGAGACAGCAGCCGUGGCGCGCACGCUCGAGCGAUUCGCAGCCACGGAACGCACGCUGACAACCGCCAUGCAGCGCUAUGAGAACGAGCUCAAGAGCGCUCAGGCUGCCAGGCUAGAAGGAGCCAUGGUGGCAAUGGACCCGCUCUCGGGCGCAGUGAGAGUGCUGGUGGGCGGCCGCGACUACUACGACAGCUGCUUCAACCGCGCCACGCAGGCCCUCCGCCCCCCCGGCUCCACCUUCAAGCCCGUCGUCUACCUCACUGCACUCGCCGAGGGCAUCACCAAGGACUACGUACUAAUAGACGAGCCGUACGAGGUGGGCGGCUUUGCUCCGGAGAACUACGACCGCAAGUUCCGCGGGCCCGUCACACUCGAGGAGUCGCUGCUCAAGUCGCUCAACGUGCCAACAGUCAAGCUCUGCGCUGAGAUCGGCGUGGAUAAGGUGUGUCACAUGGGGCGCGCACUGGGCAUCAAGACCCCUCUCCCCCACGAGCUGGCACUCUCACUGGGGGGCUGUGAGGUGACGCCCCUGCAGCUCACCACCGUCUACUGCACGAUCGCUGCAGGGGGGAUCUACCACCGCCCGCACCUCAUCACACGCGUGGAGUCGUACAACGGAAGGGUGCUGGAAGAAGCCAAGGUGUGCAUGGAGCGCAGGGACCCAGUGGUGGACGAGGCAGCGGUGGGCGAGUUGAGGAAGCUGCUGCAAGCCGUGGUGGAGAGGGGCACUGGCAAGGGCGCGCGCAUGGACCGCCCGUGCGCCGGCAAGACGGGCACGAGUGACGGGCACCGCGACUGCUGGUUCGCUGGCUUCACCCCGCAGCUGGCGUGCGUGUGCCGCCAGGUAUGGCUGGGCCACGACAACAACAAGCAGGUGGGAAGGCUGCAACCCGGCUCUGGCUUAUCCCAUUGUUACAUGUCCCCAACCCUGUGCCCUUGCCUGCUGCCCUCUCCUCCGCCGCAGGUGUGGCUGGGCUACGACGACAACCAGCCGGUGAGUGGCUUUUCCGGCUCUCCUCCCUCUCACUCGCGCCCUGCACCACUCUCGCACCGCCUCACCACCCUCCACCCAUCCCCACCCCUUGUGCCCCCUCCCCCCUGCCAGGUAUGGCUGGGCUACGAUGACAACCUGCCGGUGGGGGGUCUGCACCCCGGCACCGGUUCCAGCCACGCUGCACCGCUCUGGAGUCGUUUCAUGACCCUCGCCCACGAGGGGCUGCCCGUUAAAAAAAUCCUCGAACCUGCGCGGGACAGGUACAGCAGAGGGGCGGGUGGGAGGGAGUUUCAGAAGCGAAGCCGGCGUGCUCAGAAGGUGGGGCUGAGUGAGGUGCGGCGCCGGGAGGGCGGCAGGAGGAAGGGCCGGCGGGAGGUGGUGUGGAAAGACGUGUGGGAUUGGGAGAAGGCGAGCAGUGGGUGGCAGGAGAGGGAGAAGAUGGAGGAGUGGGCAGCAGCGAGAAGAAAGAGGGCUGAGGAGAUUAGGGCUUUGAGGGCCAAGUGGGGAUGGCUGCCGUUUGUGAAGGGGAAUAAGGGAGCAGGAGGGGAGGGAGGAGGGGAGUCGCCGGGGAGAGGGUUGCUGGGGGAUGAAGGGGAAGAGGUGGGGGAGGAUGAUUACGAGGAUGCACUGCGGUUCUUUGAGCGGGCGAAUCAGGAGGAGGGGCAGGGGGGGAGGAGGAGUGGGGAGAGGGGAGGGGAGAGGGGUGGAGAGAGGGAGGGGGGCACAGGGAGGGUUGUUUCUGCAGCGGCAAUGGCUGCUGCGAAGUGGGGUGCGGGGAGGAGAGGAGGGGGCGUGGAGAAGCGAGGGGGGAGUGGGGAGACAGGAGCAGAGAGGCGAGUGGAGGAGGAGAUGGGGAGGAGUUGGAGUGCGGAGGAGGGAGUGGAGGGGGAGGACGAGGAGGAGAGCGAGGUUUGUGCGAGGGAUGGGGAGGGGGGUGAUGAGGAUGGGGUGUGGGAGGAAGGGGAGGGAGAGGAGGAGGAGGAGGAGGAGGAGGAGGAGGAAGAGGAGGAGGUGUUGGCUCGCAUGCAGGAGAGGCUGGAGGAGCAGUUUGGGGUGCGACUGGUGGAGGCUGUAUUUGAGAGGCGAGGGGGGGACGGGGGCACGGGGGCAGAUUUCAAGGGGAGGGGAGGUGGGAAUGCAGGAACAGCAGGAGGGGGGGGUGGAGAGAGGGGUGGGAGGGAAGAGGGUGGUGGAGCGGGUGAGGCGGCAUUGUAUGAGGGAGUGCCUGUGCCGUCUGUGGAAGCAGCAGCAUCCUCACGGCCGCCUGCAUCUUUAGAAGGCCUCAGGUGGCCCGGUCUGCAACCCAAGCCUCAGUUGCUGAGAACCAAGCAGCACCUGCAGCAGCAGCAGCAGCAGCAGAAGAAGCAGCAGAGAGAGCUGGUGAGUGCGAAUUUCUUCACAGCAGUGGAUUCGGAAUCUGCUGCGCCUGACAUCUCUCCGCUGCAGGCGUGGCCGGAGAAACAGGGCGGUGGGGCGGAGGGCGGAGGGGAGAUGGAGGCGUGCUGCCCCAUGCCCCCGUGCACGGGCCUGCUGCCUGCCUGCAGGGAGCCGUCACUGGAAGGGGGUGCAGAUGCUGAAAGGGAUGCAGCGGGUGAGAGGGAGCGUGAGGAGGACAAUGAGGAGAAGCGGCUGGGGUGGACCAAGCGGCUGUUUGUGAAGACGAGGGUCACGGCUCCGAGCGGUGCGCCCCUGCCCCCGUCUUCGUCUGUAUCUGCUGCCUACUCUGCUGCAUACUCUGCCUAUACCACCACAGCUACUUCGGGAAGGGGCGACUUGGAGGAAAUUCCCGGGCAACACCCGGUGUCUUCUCCUUCUCUCGUCCCGUCCCCGUCCUCCUUGGGACCUCCGUCGUCGCUAGCCCCCACACUCCAGCACCCUUCAGUUUCCGGCAGGUAUCCUGCUGAUGUCAGCAGCGUGCCUGGCAGUUCAACAGGCGCGUGGGGGAGUGCGGUGCCGUGGCGGCAGCAGAAAGGAGCUGGCCUGGGCCGGGACGCUCCACUGGACAAGGCUAGUUCCCCUGCUCGGUUUGGUAAAUUUGGUGGAAGGAGCCAGACAGGCAGGACGUAG